AUGAUCAACACCGCGCCAUUCGCCUCUUCCAAGAAGCCCGAUGAGCCAGUGGCCUCUCGCGACCGGACCAGCACGGCCAAGGUCUUGACCACAAGAGCAGUCGGUGCCACUUUCCUAGUCUUGUCCGUGUUAGCUUUAACCGGGUCCGUGAUGGUCCUGAUCUUUGCCUCCCCAGUUGUAGUGCUGUUUAGUCCAAUCCUAGUUCCGGUAGGGAUAGUCUUGUUCCUUGCAGCGAGUGGUUUGAUUUUCUCCGGCGGAUGCGGCGUGGCGGGGAUUACGGCACUGUCAUGGUUGUAUAGAUAUGCAUCUGACUACCUCGCUGCCAAGAGAAGGGCUCAAGCAUAUGGGGCUUCCUUCGCGCAAAUCGGUUUAUGA